AUGGAUAAUCAAUCAAAUGUCUCUGAUUUUCUGCUCUUUGAGUUCUCAAAAAUACACGAAUUACAAAUGUUACAUUUCUUUGCUUUCCUGGUAUUGUAUUUGGCAAUUCUAACAGGAAACCUCCUCAUCAUAUCUGCAAUAAUUUUGAACCAUCAUUUGCAUACUCCCAUGUAUCUCUUUUUGUUGAAUUUAGCCAUACAAGACCUUGGUACCACUUCAGUCAUUGUUCCUAAAUCCAUGGCAAAUAUGCUGAUGAACACAAGACACAUUUCUUAUAUUGGAUGUGUUUCUCAAGUCUUCCUUCUGGUCUUUUUUCUGGGAUCUGAUAUUUGGAUCCUUACAGUCAUGGCCUAUGAUCGUUACGUUGCCAUUUGCAAUCCAUUACAUUAUCAAACAAUAAUGAACAAACAAGCCUGCAUUUACAUGAUUCUUGCUGUAUGGGGCAGCAGCCUUCUUAAUGGAUCAUUGCAUACUUGCUUUACAUUUGGAACAUCUUUUUGUUCCAAUAACAUCAAUCAAUUUUUCUGUGACAUCCCACAGUUACUUAAACUCACCUGUUCAGGCUUAAACCAAAAUGAAAUCAGACUAAUAGUGUUUGUUUGUGCUUUAGGAUUUGUUUGUUUUUUCUUUAUUAUUUAUACUUAUGUGUCCAUUUUCACUGCUGUGCUGAAAAUUCGCUCCUUGGAAGGAAGGAAAAAAGCAGUUUCUACUUGCUUACCCCAUCUUAUUGUGGUUUCCAUGUUCCUAUUAUCUGCAUUCAUUGCUCAUCUGGAGCCUCCUUCCAGUAAUGCAAAUUUAGCAUCAACUGUGAUGUAUUCCCUUAUUCCACCUCUUUUGAAUCCCAUUAUCUAUAGUAUGAGAAACAGCAGUAUCAAUCUUGCCCUUUCAAAAUUAUUAAAUAAGAGAAACUCUUAG